AUGAAGAAGUUCGAUGAUAUUUGGGAGAACCUUCCUCAUUUCAGCUGGUAUCAAUACUUCUUGACAUUCCUCGCUGCUGGGUGGUUGAGUACCGUCAUCGGGCUGUCCGCCCUUUUCCCCGUCUUUGGACAGUGGCGGCCUCAGUUUCACUGCGAAACUCAACUCGAUAUUCUUUACCCCGAAAUAUUAUUCGAAGAGAGAGAAAGUAUUCUAAAAGAAAACUGCGCUGGGAGCUUUAGCGAAUGUUCGACAGAAUGCGAUUUUUUUAUACCAGCCGAGUGUGUUGGUUUUGAAAAUUCUUCCUUGAUUUCAAACUGUUUGGAAAACAAUAUUCUCCAAACUGUUCAAAAGAACGCAUCCUGCAGCGAUUUCUCCUUCAACAAAGAAGCUCUUGGUGUCCCGAAAGGACAUGAGAAUCUCAUCUUUUCUAAAGGACCCGACAACUGGGAAACAACGGCGACCUAUUUCAAGCCAAUUUGCUCAAGAAGCCUUUUCGACACAUUCAUGAUUUCAGCCUCGAUUAUUGGUCAGUUAAUCGGGUCUUUUUUCGCUGGAAUUUAUUCGGAUCGAUUCGGAAGGAAAAAUGCUAUUUGGGUAUUUACGAUUGCUUUCAGCAUUUCUUACGUUUUAUUGGCGCUGAUAAAGAAUGAAUUAUCCUUCAUCUUCUUUCGGAUUUCGGCGACGAUUACUGGAACGAUCAUGUACAUAGCCGCUUUGACGUAUGGAAUUGAAGUCACUGGUCCCUCGAAGCGAUCGCUUCCCGGUUCUUUUAUCAAUGUCUAUUUUGGUGCUGGAUACAUGGGCAGCUCGUUGAUCGGGUAUUUCAUUCCUCAUUGGCAGGGACAUGCCCUCGCUAUUGGCAUCAUGGGUUCUUUGCAGUUGAUAUUGACGAUAUUCCUUCCUGAGUCGCCUCGAUUUCUGGUCGCAAAGAAGAAGUAUGAACACGCGAGCAGAGUUAUUGGGAAGAUCGGGCAAAAGACUGCAUCUGAAACUCUUUCUCAAGCGGAUUUGGUGAAGGAACUGGAGGAAAUUCAAGAGCCAAAGAAGGCUGAACGGUCUCCGCUUGAUUUGUUCAGGACUUCUGCUACUCGAAAAGUAACUCUUAAUCUUGGACUUGCAUUUGCUGUUACAGUAACUGUUUAUUACGCGCUAUCUUUCAACGUUUCAUCCCUUGCAGGGAGUACCUAUGUCAACAAUGCAUUGAACGGUGCUGUAGAAACUCUUGCGUAUUUCAUCUGCAUCCCGCUCAUCGAUAAAUUUGGACGGCGGCCAGUUACUGUUAUUCUGAUGUACAUUGGCUCCAUUGCAGUUCUUGUGGUUAUGAUGUUGAAUGAAUUGACGGCCGAGAAAGCUGCACUAGAAACUGCGCGAUGGAUGGCAUUUCUUGGGAAAUUCUGCAUCUCGGGUGUUUUCAACAAUAUUUUUAUUUACGCUGCGGAAAUUUAUCCCACUGAGAUUCGAACUGUAGGGGUUGGAUUUUCAUCGAUGAUUGGUCGAGCAGCUGGAAUUGUCAUGCCGUUCGUUCUUGAUCUUCAAUAUAAACCCGGGCUUGGCUGGUUCCCUUACACUCUUUUUGGCGCAAUGGGGAUCAUUUCUGCAACAUUGAUGAUAUUCCUGCCCGAAACUAAUAACGCUCCAUUAGCGCAGACAAUCGAAGAAGCUGAGCAAUUUUAUAAAGGCUCUGGGAUAAAAAUUGCUGACGAAUCAAACGAGCUACAAGCUCACGAGUCUAAAUAA